AUGCCACACAUGAUUGCAGUCUCUCGAAGCUACGGCAGUGUGUUUGUGUAUGUGUAUGGGAUGAACUUUGCAACUCAAGAAAAGGUCGAAGAGGCGAAAGACGUGUCCCGGGAGAAUAAAUACGGAGCAAGAGCACCUGGCUCAUCCGACAAAAAGCCCAGCCCUGACACCCGGUACUUUACCAAGCUUGGGUUGUCGGAGGCCGUAGCCGGUGCUUCGAUAAGGGUCAGAAACGUCAGGGCCGUCUACAACUCUGUGCCAAAGUAUCCCCAAGGGGUGUCAGACUGGUCCCCUGGGCCGAUCUCGGCUCUCGCACCCAUUGGCGGACUGGCCAGUCAGACCACCAACGAGAACGCAGACAACGAGUCGCCUACAUAUGGUGCCACGGAGACGCCUUCUAUCUGCGAAGCUGCAGUUCUUAACGCUGCCGGGCAUACUUACCUCACUUUGCUCGGGAUGAAGUCUUUGACUGGCGGGAAAACGAGGCUUUCGGGAGCCCGUGUCUUUCACCGUUUGGUAAUACGCCCGCUCCCAUUGAGUCCUGACUCUUCCAACCCCCGACUUACUCGUCACCAGUGUCAGGGUUCCGGGUCUCAUGCCAAGCAAGCUAUUGUGGAGGCGCGCUCCUCCGACACAACAGCCCGGCGGCAUUGGUUCCGGUGGAAUAUUCACAGCCGGCGGCUUUCGACGGGUAAUAAAAUGAGACUCCCACCACGGUCUGGUGGGGUUUGGAAUCACCGCCAAAAGAGUCAUCAUUACCUACCUGCGUGCCAGGCUCGUGUAGUCGAUUCGCAUAGCACAUCAACAGCUGGGGUGUGGGUUGAAGGCCCCCCUGUUUGCUUCCCUCACAAUAUCAUUAUUGCAUUGUCAUAUGACAUAUCGAAAGCAGAGAAGCAGACCGUAUGGUAUUCCCGUAACUCCGAAGUCCUGCCUAUUGGCAUGACGCUGUGA